AAAUAAAAAGCUGCGGACUUUCAUCAUUUUCCACCCACUUCGAGUCAACACGAUCAACAGAUGACCACGGCUGUCUUUAGACAUAUAAAAUAGACUCGCUCUCCUUGUGUCAUGGUGAGCUAGAGCCUGUGGAAGUACCUUUGGAGAGGCGACGCCAGCAGAGUCUAUUUGAUGUGUUUUGUGUUAACAUUAUUAAUCUUUAAACAGGCGGGAAGGCUGUCAAACAAGUGUAAACUAAAUCUGCAUUGAAGAAAAACAGGGCUAUACGACUGGACGCUGGGCAGAGGGGCUCCCUUUGCCCACCUUUCAGCAUGAGUGCAGUGCGCACACCUGUCUUCAUAGGGCUCCUUUUGCUGAUCCUCACCACCAGCUACUGCAGACCAAGAGACAGGGACGACACCAUUCUGCUGGACCUCCUAAGGGACAGAGUGAGACUAGCACAGGAGCAUCACAGUGAGGGAAACACACAGCAUCCCCUCGAGAUCGUUGAGCACUCGGUGGAAACAAAAGACGUUAAUAAAGUUACAAAGUCAUAUCAGCACGAACGCAUUCUUGAGGUCUUUCCGAGAGAUCUUCGACAGAAGGAGAAGUUUUUAAAACAUUUAACAGGGCCACUUUAUUUUAGUCCCAAAUGCAGCAAACACUUUUACAAACUGUAUCAUAAUACCAGGGACUGCACAAUACCAGCCUAUUAUAAAAGAUGUGCCAGGCUUCUUACAAGACUAGCAGGGAGCCAGCGGUGCUCAGAGGGAUAGAUGCUGCAGAUUUCAACAGACCUGAAGAAAUAAAGAGAACCAAGAAAAGUGCCUUGGAGAAAAACAGGGAAAUGAAAUGAAUUCUGAACAAUCAUAUUUAUCACGUGAACAUAGCUAUUUUUAUAAUGAAAUAGAACUCCUCUUUUGACCUUUUCUUCUCACAUACAGCUUGUCAGUCUUGUGAGUUGACAAAACUGAUGUUAGAACCAAGUUUACUGGCAAUGGUCAUGGUGAAAAUGAAGAAGACAACGUUUUAUGGGAAAAACAAACACAAAAAAAAGUCCUGCUGCCAAACGAUAAACUCUGGGUGUCACAUUCAACUGCAUAUAUAUUCUAAGUUGAAUUUGCCUUCACAGGUUGUGUGUUCAGUAGUUUUUGGUUGAAGAAAAAUUUAGAUAGUUAGUUGUUUUGCAGAUGUUCAAAGGUGUUUACUGGCUGAACGCAGCCUUUGGUCCAAUAUUCCUG